GAAAAAGGAACAGAGAAGCCCACCUGACACCACAGCUCGCUGACGUAGUGUCCGUAAGCCUCCCGGCCUCCUUGUCCUUGGAGUGAUGGAGGGAGCGGGCGGUUAGCGGAUAUCCUGGAGGAAGAUUCUCAUGCAACACUUUAAACUUCUCGUCAGCCAGAGCCUGACUCGGGCUCGGCGUCCCUGCCUGCGUCGCUCUGCCCGGCCUCCGCCAUCUUGCCUCUCCCUGCCUGCCAGAAGCCGAGUGCGGAAGUGGAAAACGGCAGUGUGCGGGGCUCAGGGUUCCGCCUGUGGACGGCCAGCCAGAUCCUCCAGCCGACACAGCCAGCUUUCCAUCAUAUCUUAACGGUUUUGUAGCGCGCCAGAGACCCGGGGGGCAGAGAUGGCUGGACGGUUACCGGCGUGUGUUGUCGACUGCGGCACAGGUUACACCAAACUGGGGUAUGCAGGGAACACGGAGCCACAGUUCAUCAUUCCAUCAUGUAUCGCCAUCAAAGAGUCGGCCAAGGUCGGGGACCAGGCCCAGCGUAGGAUGAUGAAGGGGGUGGAUGAUUUGGACUUCUACAUCGGAGAUGAAGCCAUAGACAAACCCACGUAUUCCACUAAGUGGCCCAUCCGUCACGGCAUUGUGGAGGACUGGGAUCUAAUGGAGCGCUUCAUGGAGCAGAUCAUCUUUAAGUACCUGAGGGCCGAACCUGAGGACCACUACUUCCUGUUGACGGAGCCUCCACUGAACACACCAGAAAACCGAGAGUACACUGCCGAGAUCAUGUUCGAGUCCUUCAACGUACCGGGGCUCUACAUCGCUGUGCAGGCCGUGCUCGCUCUAGCUGCCUCCUGGACAUCCAGACAGGUCGGGGAGAGGACGCUGACGGGUACCGUCAUCGACAGCGGAGACGGCGUCACCCACGUCAUCCCUGUGGUGAGUAUUCAGCUCACGCCAUUGAAGGACACUUGCUCUGACCACCAGGAGCGGUUCAGCUACGUGUGCCCAGAUCUAGUCAAAGAGUUCCAGAAGUACGACACGGACGGCUCCAAGUGGAUCAAGCAGUACACCGGCAUCAACGCAAUUAGCAAGAAGGAGUUCACCAUCGACGUGGGCUACGAGCGCUUCCUGGGACCCGAGAUCUUCUUCCACCCAGAGUUUGCCAACCCGGACUUCACCCAGCCCAUCUCUGAGGUGGUGGACGAGGUCAUCCAGAACUGCCCCAUCGAUGUCAGGCGUCCUCUCUAUAAGAACGUCGUCCUGUCGGGAGGCUCCACCAUGUUCAGGGACUUUGGGCGCCGUCUGCAGAGAGACUUAAAGAGGACGGUCGAUGCCCGCCUGAAGAUGAGUGAGGAGCUGAGCGGAGGCAAGCUCAAGGUGAGCAGAAAAAAUCCGGAGUUCUACCAGGUGUGCCACACCAAGAAGGACUACGAAGAGAUCGGGCCGAGCAUCUGCCGCCACAACCCCGUGUUCGGAGUCAUGUCCUAACUUUCUGGAGUUGUGCUGGCAGUGGGAGGGUGGGGUGGGUCUGAGGCAGUGAUGUUAGGCAGCGCUUGGUGGCAUGUGGAGGUGUGUGCAAGAAUCCAGGAAAAGGAGGAAAAAAAAAAAAAGAGCCCAGACCAAACAGACGGGCUGGAAAACGUGUUGUGAAUGUUUUUCCGUUUUCUUGUUUCUUUUCUUUUUGUUCUUUUCAUAAUGAGGGAAAACAGUCUGUAAGCCAAAACGAUUUUAAGACAAUUUCUGGAUCUGUUGAGUGGCGAUGAUGAUGACGGUGUUGGUGGAUGUUGGUGGGAUGGUAUUUUCCUGACACCAGAACAUUAUUUAUGCGAAUAAAACGCGAGUCCAGGCGAGAUCUGGUGACUCUCUGAGAUCACGCUUAGAACAUAUUUUUGUCCUUUUUUCUUUCAGCUUCAGCAUCUGCCUGUCUGUUUGCAUCCUGGGAAGAGCUUGUUUAUAUUUCAUACUAAAGUUUUUAUAUGUAAAACUUGGGGAAAUCAGGGGUUGAAAUAAUGUUACGAAUAUCAGUGCCAGCGAGAGACUGUUUUAAUCCUCGGUGCAGCUUUGAUACGCAGUAUUUACUGAAUUUGAGUAGGCGUCGUCCUUUUAUUCCCCGCGUCCUCGCUGUCUGCCCUCUCAUUCUUCACACACAGACCACGUCAGGUUUCCAGGAAAGAGAAGUGAAACUGAAUAAGGAUGACUGUCAGACCAGUAUUGUUAGACUAGAAGUUUUUUUUUUUAUUAUUAAAUACCAAAUUAUGAAAAGAAUGGGAUUUGUGUAUUUAAUGCAACAUUCCAAUAAAGGCUCAAAUUUGUUUCUAA